UCGCACCAGGCUCCCCGAGGGUCCCAUCCUGUCUCCGGAGGGGGAGAGAAGCGGGGCGGCCUCUCCAGCUGACUCCUUCCCGGCCCUGCGCUGGGAUGACCCACUGGGGGCUCCGGGCAGGUUGGGUGAAGGUUGUUCAGUGGCUGAAUUCCACUUUCUAAUUCUUGGCCUUUAUUUUUUCUUUCCAUCUCAGAUACAGAAACUGGAAGCCAUUUGUGGUUUUUGAAAGGCAAACUUUUCUCUUGGGAGGAAAAAAAGAGCAGAAUAACUUGGAGGGAUCCGUCCCAGAAAUGGUCCCGUGAAGGAAAAGGCAUCCGGAGACCCACCAGAGUCUUUGGACCCAUCUGGAGUUGCUCUGCAGGACAGAGAAAGGAUGGAGACACAACCUUUUGCCAAGAGGGGAAGCAGGAAAAGCCCUCCAGCUGUUCAGCCUGGGAAGGGAGGGGAGCUCUGGACAAGGACUGGGCAGAAGAUCCUGGAGGAGAAAACCAUCCUCCCUUCCGAAGUUCAGCCCUGGAAGUUCGUCCAAUACCGGGAGGCUGAAGGUCCCCGAGGACUUUGCAGCCGACUCCAUGACAUUUGCAGGCGAUGGCUGAGACCAGAAAAACACUCCAAAGCCCAGAUGCUGGACCUGGUGGUUCUGGAGCAUCUCCUGUUCCUGUUGCCCCCAGAGAUGGAGGGCUGGGUGAGGGAGUGUGGAGCAGAGAGCAGCUCCCAGGCGGUGGCCCUGGCGGAAGGCUUCCUCCUGAGCCAGGCGGAGGAGCAGAAGGAGGAGGUCCAGUUGCAGGGCUGCACUGUGGAGAUCAAAGAUCCUGAGGGAAAGAAGAACCCAUCAAAUCCCCCUCAGGAGCUAUUUUUCAGGAGGAUCCCUUGGGAAGAUCAAAGUCAGGACGCCUCAGGAGAGAAACAAAGAAUGAAGCUUUCUGGUUUUUAUGAUGGAUAUCAAACAACAAUUGAACCUCUAAAUCAAGAGAGUCUGGUGUCCUUCGAGGAGGUGGCUGUGUAUUCUCUGAGGAGGAAUGGUCUCAGCUGGAUCCUGACCUGAAAGCGCUGCAUUCAGAAGUCAUGCUUGAAAACCAUAGGAACCUGGUCUCUCUGGGUAAUAAUGGGCAGGAGAAUCCAGAUUCCUGUGAAUUGUUCCAAGUGAUCAAUACAACGGAGAAGUUUGGAAUUCGAAUGGAAUUAAAAAGCCAUGAUAGAAACCAGUCAAAUGAUUUCAAUCAGGAAAGCUCAUCUUCCACUGAUGCUCCAAUGCAACACUUUUGUGCCCAAGAAGAGAAAAUAAGGAAAAAAUAUACUGGAAAAAAUGUGAAGCUAAUCAAAGCUAAAGUAAAUGAACACUAUUUAACCCAAAACGAUGCUAUAAGAAGACACAAUGGACAAAAUUACAAUGGGGAAUUCAUUCUUUCUCUUGGAAAUAAGUGCCUUAGAUCUCAAAAAGCUAUUGACAGAAAAGAGAAGCCUUAUAAAUGUUUAGAAUGUGGAAAAUGUUUCAGAAAAAGCAAGCAACUUACUAUCCAUAAAAGGAUCCACACAGGGGAGAAACCAUAUAAAUGCAUGGAGUGUGGAAAGGCAUUUACUCAGGUCAGUAACCUUAGAAGCCACAAAAAUGUCCAUACAGGAGAGAAACCAUUUAAAUGCAUGGAAUGUGGAAAGACGUUUGCUUAUAGUAGUGGGCUUGGAAGGCACAAAAAUGUCCACAGAGGAGAGAAACCAUUUAAAUGCAUGGAAUGUGGAAAGGCCUUUGCUCAAAAAAAUCAUUUUACUUCCCAUAAGAUGAUCCACACAGGAGAGAAGCCGUAUAAAUGCAUGGAGUGUGGAAAGACCUUUAAUCAUGAAUGUAAUCUUAGAAGACACAAAAAGAUCCACACAGGAGAGAAACCAUUUGAAUGCACAGAAUGUGGAAAGACCUUUGCUCAAAGAGAUCAACUUAUAACCCAUAAAGGCCACACAGGAGAGAGGCCAUAUAAAUGUAUGGAGUGUGGAAAGACGUUUAGUCACAGUAGUACACUUACUUCCCAUAAGAGGAUCCACACAGGGGAGAAGCCGUAUAAAUGUAUGGAGUGUGGAAAGACUUUUGCUCUGAACAGAGAGAAAUAA